AUGUCCAAGCUUCCAGAGGGAGGGGAGAUGGCUCCCAAUGGGGGGGCCGAGGCCGGCAAGACGGACACGCUCAAUUCCACCGGCUCGGUGCGCAAGAGGGCUGGAGGGCAGAAGAAGCAGAUGCAGGCCAACAAGUCGGCCUUGCGCGCCCCCCGAGCUCUCUGCUGCCUGACGCUGAGCAACCCCAUACGCAUGGCGGCGCUCGCCCUCGUGGAAUGGAAGCCUUUUGAUAUAUUCAUCCUACUGGCCAUUUUUGCCAACUGUGUCGCUAUGGGAGUAACAAAACCUUUUCCUGAUGACGAUUCCAAUCAGACAAACCACAACUUGGAACAAGUCGAGUAUGUCUUUCUGGUCAUCUUCACUAUUGAAACAUUUACCAAGAUCCUGGCCUAUGGAUUGGUCAUGCAUCCCAGUGCAUACAUACGCAGUGGAUGGAACUUGCUGGAUUUUGUUAUUGUCAUUGUCGGCCUUUUCAGCGUGUUUGCAGAGAUGGGCAACGAACAUAAGCCAGGAGAGGCCCACCACGCGGCGGGGAAGCCUGGAGGUUUGGACGUGAAAGCCCUUCGUGCUUUCAGGGUGCUGCGUCCUCUACGACUGGUCUCUGGUGUACCCAGUCUGCAGAUUGUGUUGAACUCCAUCAUGAAGGCCAUGGUGCCCCUGUUGCACAUCGGCAUGCUGGUCGGCUUCGUCAUCAUCAUCUACGCCAUCAUCGGGCUGGAGCUCUUCCUCGGCAGGAUGCACAAGACCUGCUACUACAAAGGCACAGAGCUGAAUGUGGACGAUGACCCCACGCCAUGUGCGUUCGCUGGGAACGGGCGUUUCUGCGUGGGCAACAACACAGAGUGCCGAGGGGGCUGGGAGGGGCCUAACGGAGGCAUCACCAACUUCGACAACAUCUUCUUCGCCAUGCUCACAGUGUUCCAGUGCAUCACCAUGGAGGGGUGGACUGACGUGCUUUACUGGAUGAAUGAUGCCAUUGGUAUGGAGAUGCCCUGGGUCUACUUUGUGUCUCUGGUAGUCUUUGGCUCCUUCUUCAUCAUCAACCUCGUUUUGGGAGUGUUGAGCGGAGAGUUCUCUAAGGAGAGAGAGAAGGCUGUGGCUCGUGGGGAGCUCCAGUUGGCCCAGGAGAAGAAGCAGAUGGAGGAGGAUAUGGUGGGCUACAUGGACUGGCUCAUCGAGGCCGAUAACAUGGAUGAGGACGGCAACAAACGAGCUGUGGUUGCCAAGAAGAAGAUGAUGAAGAAGUAUGGAUGGUACAAACACAAUGAAGAUGGAGAAUCGGACUCAGACUCGGAGUUUGAAGCUUUCCUAGAUGAUGAUGGAGGCUGUUGUGCCUCGAUUACCGAGCAGCUGUUCCACCUGAACCAGGCGAUGCGUAAGAACGCCAGAGUGGCGGUGAAGUCCGCCAAUUUCUAUUGGCUUGUGCUGUUGCUGGUGUUUCUGAAUACAGCAGCUAGUGCCUCUGAACACUAUGGACAGCCAAAGUGGCUCACUGACAUUCAAGAACGAGCCAAUAAGAUCCUGCUGGGCCUCUUCACCUUUGAGAUGUUAUUGAAGAUGUACAGUUUUGGGAUACAGGUCUACUUCAUAGCCCUGUUCAACCGCUUUGACUGCUUCGUGGUGUGUGGUGGUAUCCUGGAGACCUUUCUCGUGGAGAUGGAUUUCAUCCCUCCCAUUGGAAUCUCUGUCCUGCGUUGCAUCCGUCUUCUCCGUAUCUUCAAGGUCACUAGGCACUGGGCUGCCCUGUCCGACCUGGUCACCUCGCUGCUCAACUCCAUGAAGGCCAUCUGCUCCCUGCUGCUGCUACUCUUCCUCUUCCUCAUCAUCUUCGCCCUGCUGGGCAUGCAGCUCUUUGGCGGCAAGUUCAACUUUGACGAGACACAGAUGAAGAGGAGCACCUUCGACUCCUUCCCCUCCGCACUGCUUACCUGUUUCCAGAUCCUCACAGGGGAGGACUGGAACUCUGUCAUGUAUGAUGGCAUCAUGGCCUAUGGUGGCCCCAUCUUCCCCAACAUGAUUGUGUGUGUCUACUUUGUCAUUCUUUUCGUCGUUGGUAACUACAUCCUGCUAAAUGUCUUCUUGGCUAUCGCUGUCGACAACUUGGCCACUGGAAAGGGGAAAACCAAACCAGAAGAGAAGAAAGAAGAGGAUGAUGAGUGGGAGGAUGAAGAAGGUCAAGAGGAGGAAGAGGAGGAGCAGGAGGAUGACUGGGAGAAUGAGGAGCUCAGAGCCAUCGAGGGACUGGAGGGGGUCGGCAUUCCAAUGAAGGCAGAGAGUUUUCAGCCCAAGGAGAAGAUUGUGCCCAUUCCUGAUGGGAGUUCCUUCUUCAUCUUGGGGAAGAAAAACUGCCUGCGAGUGGCCUGCCACAACCUCAUCCACCACCAUUACUUCACCAACCUCAUCCUCGUCUUCAUCAUCCUCAGCAGCAUCUCAUUGGCUGCUGAGGAUCCAAUCAGGCACCAUUCCUUCAGGAACAUUGCUCUGGGAUAUGCAGAUUAUGUGUUCACCUCUGUUUUCACCGUGGAGAUCGUACUGAAGAUGACCGUGUAUGGAGCGUUCAUUCAUCAGGGCUCGUUCUGCAGAAACGCCUUCAACCUGCUGGACCUGCUGGUGGUCAGCGUGUCCCUGCUGUCCUUCUUCCUGCAUUCGAGUGCCAUCUCAGUAGUUAAGAUCCUCCGUGUGCUUCGAGUGCUCAGACCUCUAAGGGCCAUCAACAGAGCCAAAGGACUUAAGAGUGUGAUUCAGUGUGUGUUCGUGGCCAUCAAAACCAUCGGAAACAUCCUGGUGGUCACCUCACUGUUGCAGUUCAUGUUUGCCUGCAUCGGAGUCCAGCUCUUCAAGGGUCGAUUCUUCAGGUGCACCGAUGAGGCUAAGCAUACCCCAGUGGAAUGCAAGGGCACAUUCAUCGUGUUUAAGGACGGGGACAUGAACCACCCCAUGGUGAGGGAGAGGAUCUGGGAGAACAGCAACUUUAACUUUGAUAACGUGCUGAUGGGGAUGCUCGCUCUCUUCACCGUCUCCACCUUCGAGGGCUGGCCACAGCUGUUAUACAAGGCUAUUGAUGCCAAUCAGCCGAACCGAGGGCCCAUCUACAACUACCGUGUGGAGAUCUCCAUCUUCUUCAUCAUCUACAUCAUCAUCAUCGCCUUCUUCAUGAUGAACAUCUUCGUGGGUUUCGUCAUCAUCACGUUUCGUGAGCAGGGAGAGGCAGAGUUCAAAAACUGCGAGUUAAAUAAAAAUCAAAGACAGUGUGUGUAUUAUGCGCUGAAAGCCCAACCUAUAAAAAUAUAUAUACCGAAAAACCCCUCGCAACUGAAGUUCUGGAAGAUCAUCAACUCGUCGCAGUUUGAAUACAUCAUGUUUCUGCUUAUCAUGUUGAACACGCUCACGCUGGCUGUGCAGCAUUAUCAGCAGUCCAAAAUGUUCACUUCUAUCAUGGACAUACUGAAUUUGAUCUUCACGAUUGUCUUCACUGUGGAGAUGAUAAUUAAGCUGUUGGCCCUGCGGACUUACCAUUACUUCAUAGAUGCUUGGAAUUCCUUUGAUGCGUUGAUCGUAGUCGGGAGUGUCCUGGACAUUAUGGUCUCAGAAUUGAGCGUGAGUGCAACGAUAUCAAUAUCAAACUGUGUACCAAAAGGGGAAGGCGAGAGCUCCAAAGUGUCCAUCACGUUCUUCCGUCUCUUCCGAGUAAUGCGACUGGUGAAGUUGCUGAGCAAAGGCGAGGGCAUUCGCACGCUGCUAUGGACCUUUGUCAAGUCUUUGCAGGCUUUGCCCUACGUCGGUCUGCUGAUUGCCAUGAUUUUCUUCAUCUAUGCUGUCAUAGGCAUGCAGACGUUUGGGAAGGUUGCUAUAGACGAUGCUACUGCCAUCAACCGCAACAACAACUUCCAGCAGUUCUUUAUGGCUGUGCUGAGCCUCUUCAGGUGUGCUACUGGUGAGCAGUGGCAGGACAUCAUGCUGGCUGCGUUGCCGGGGCAACGCUGUGAUCCAGAGUCAGAUCCAGAGCCAGGGGAGGAGUUCACAUGCGGCAGCAACCUGGCCUACCUGUACUUCAUCAGCUUCUUCAUGCUGUGCUCCUUCCUGAUCAUCAACUUGUUCAUUGCUGUCAUCAUGGACAACUUUGAGUACCUGACCAGAGACUGGACAGUGCUGGGCACGCAUCACCUGGACGAGUUCAAGAGAGUGUGGUCAGACUACGACCCAGAGGCCGCGGGCAGGAUAAAGCAUCUGGACGUGGUCACGCUGCUUCGUAGGAUCCAGCCUCCCCUGGGCUUUGGCAAACUCUGCCCACAUCGAGUGGCAUGCAAGAGGCUGGUUGCCAUGAAUGUGCCGCUCUACCCCGACGGCACGGUGUCCUUCAACGCCACCCUGUUUGCCCUCGUCAGACACUCCCUCAAGAUUAAAACUGAGGGUCCUAUUGACCAGGAGAAUGAGGAGUUGAGAGCCAUCAUUAAGAAGAUCUGGAAGCGCACCAAACCCAAGCUCUUAGAGGAGGUGAUCCCUCCCCCUAGAGGUGACGAAGUGACGGCUGGAAAGUUCUAUGCAAGCUUCCUGAUCCAGGAUUACUUCAAGAAGUUCCGCAAGAGGAAGGAGAAAGAGAGGAAGAAGAAGGGCAAAGACAAGUCUGCUGCUCUUCAGGCUGGCCUGAGGACGCUGCAGGACCUGGCGCCCGAGAUGCGGCUGGCCAUGGCCAUGGAGGAGGAGGGGGAGGGCUUCGAGGGGGAGGACGAGGAGUUCUUCAGGGUGAGUGGCCAUGGAGGAGGAGGGGGAGGGCUUCGAGGGGGAGGACGAGGAGUUCUUCAGGUGGCUCCUCCACCACCAGUGGCAGUCGCCCCACCUGCUCCCCAGCCCCUGGCACCAGGAGGAGGGGUGGCCUACCCCCAGCAACAACCCUACAUCCAGGAGCAUAUGCAGAGCACAGUGUCAAUGGACAGAUCAUGGACCCCAGCCCAGCCUGAGAGUCCUCAACCUCCACCCCCCACCACCACCAACGGGAGCGUAGGAGCUGCCUACCCACCUACCCCCCAUCCCAUAGCUGGAAACGGCUACAACGGCAACAGCUACGCUGGCAGCGACUUCACUGGGAACGGCUACAAUGGCAACGGUUACUAUAGCAAUGGCUCCAGCAGUGUCAAUGGCUACAAUGGGAAUGGUUACAACGGCAAUGGUUACAACGCAGCUCGGCGACGCCUUCCUCCCACCCCUGCAGGCCUCAAGCCCUCGUUUAAUAUCCAGUGUCUGAGGAGUCGGACCAUUGAUGACGAUCUCCCCAUCCCCGGCACCUACCAGCAGAGCUCACGUCUCCGCCCACAGCCCCCCAACAGUGUGUACGACGCGCGGCCCGAAAGCGUGUCGUCCGCUGCCUCUUCGUCCUCCUGGGCCACCACCACCAACAACCAGGCCCGGCCCGGCCGGCUGCUGUACGCGCCCCUCAUCUUGGUGGACGAGGGCAGGGGCACCCAGCCCGUGUGGAAUGCCGACGGCAGCGCCAGCGCCAGCCUGCCCGCCUCUGCCCGCGCCGGCUGGCAGACGGCUGGCCCGUCAGGACUGAUGCCCCCGGGCCCGAGUCGGGCAUACAGCACCAUGAGGCCGUCCACUCAGCUCAGCUCUGGCUAUGUGGAGAAGGGCAGUGCCGACAGCCUGGUGGAGUCGAUCCUUUUGAACGAGGGCCUGGGGCUGUACGCCAAAGACCCCAAGUUCGUGAACUUCGCCAAGCGUGAGAUAGCAGAAGCAUGUCACAUGACCGUCGACGAGAUGGAGAACGCAGCGACGGACCUGCUGACACGAGGCCGGCCCGGGCAGCCGCUGCGCUUCGAGGACGAGUUGGCCGACGAGAUGAACUGCGUCAUCUCCUACUGAGGUGGGGGGUCAGGAUGAAAACGAGAGAGCGAGCGCGUCUCUGAACUCUAUCCACUCAGGCUCUGUGAAGGAAAAAGACUUUGGAGUGCUCGUGAUCAACGACAGGACAGCAUGCUCUUCAUUCACAUGUAGUGAACACUCUACUGGAAGCAGUGUGUGUCCACCAACCCUGACUACCAAAUUCAGCUAGCCCUUACUGAAGAGAGCCACGUAUCAUAUCUUGUCCCGUAUCCACAGCUGAGCACUGCCUAGAGACAAAACUAGUUUCUCGUCCGUUUGAAACAGAGAUAUCACAGGAGAGCUAACACUGGCUUUGGGAUAUUGUGGAGCAAUGGCAUCAGGUGUGUGACAAAUAGAGUUAUUUAUGAGUUCCUGAAGAAAGGGGAGAGAGCUGAUAAAAGAUGAAAAGAUGAAGAUAAAACAACACAUUUUUAUCACAUUCACAUAACUAUGUCUUUCUUGUGAUGCCGAUGCAGUACUGUAUGUCUGAAAUUGUUUGAAAAAGAAAAACAAAACAAAGUCAUGUUUCAGAUGAACAUACAGGUAAUGUUUUUAUUAGGUGAAGUCAGUUUUAUCUAUUUGUCCAA